CAAGCAAAAGUACAGAAAAUCGUAGAUCGUUGCAAUCAGACUCUGAACCGCAAGAACAUAACUUUACGUCAGCUUGCCAGUCUAAUUGGUCUGCUCGAAUCAACACGCCCAGCCAUUUGUCGAGCACCUCUUCACUUCCGUCAUCUACAAAUAGACCAAAUAAAAGGCCUACAAGUCAAUCAAAAAUCUUACGAAGCUCUUGCAAAGCUGUCUCGAGAUUCCCGUCAGGAGGUGAGCUGGUGGCUGAAGAACAUCCACAAGGUCAAUGGCAGCCCCAUUCAUCCCCCAUCUCCAGAUGUAACCAUAACAACGGAUGCUUCAAAGAAGGGCUGGGGAGCAGUCCAAGGUUGUCUGUCGACAAAUGGCAAAUGGUCAGAGCAGGAAACAAAGAUGCAUAUAAAUUAUCUGGAGCUAAAAGCUGCAUUCCUAGCUCUACAAUCCUUCCUCAAAGACAAAUCUCACCAGAACGUGUCACUUCGUAUGGACAACACGACGGCCAUUGCCUACGUCAACAACAAGGGGGGUACACGCUCCCCACAACUCUUAGCUCUAGCACUAGAGUUAUGGGAGUGGUGCCUAGCGAAAGAAAUCCUCGUAACGGCUUCCCAUAUACCAGGUCUGGAAAACACCAUGGCAGACUCGGAAUCCAGGGAAUUCAAGGAUAUGAGCGAAUGGAAGCUAGAUGCUUCAACCAUCCAGCCAUUCCUAAAAACUUGCCGGACCGAUCUGUUUGCCAGUCGUCUGACUCAUCAACUGAAGAACUACAUCAGUUGGAGACCAGACCCGGGGGCCAUCCACACGGAUGCACUAACAAUCCACUGGGGUCCACUGAAGGGUUACGCAUUCCCACCAUUCAACCUUGUGGCAAAGACUCUAGAAAAGGUGAUAAGCGAUCAAACGGAGAUAAUCCUAGUAGCACCUGUGUGGCAGGCACAACCUUGGUGGCCCGUUCUACUCAGACUCUUAGUAGCACAUCCGAUUGUACUGCCCAACAGUCCAACACUGUUGACCGACGCCGCGGAUCGGAUGAUUGUCCACCCAAUGUUUCCUCGGCUCCAUCUGGCCGUAUUUCAUGUCUCCACCAACAUUUCCAGUCAGAGGGUUUUCCAUCAGACGUUGCAAAACUUCUCAUCUCAGCCACUAGACCCUCCACACGUCGUACAUACGAAUCAAGCUGGAAGCGCUGGUGUGGCUGGUGUAGUAAACGGAAAAUUAAUCCCGUUUCAGCAUCUAUAAAUGAAAUUCUGUCCUUCUUAACCGAAACAUUUAAUAGCGGGACUGCUUACCGAACGCUUAACGUAUUACGCUCAGCAAUCUCUUCAACU